GGAGAUUGAAAAUGGAGGAUUUGGUUUUGGAACGUGCGUGACGCUUUGAAACCAACAAUAUGUCUGUUUUGUUGAGAAGAGCAAGUCUGUCCACCAGUGUGUGUACUUUCUGCUGGACUGAAGAACUUCCCUAUUCCCAGGAACUAUGACCAUGUUGAGAUCCCUGAGCAGUCAAAGCUGAAGUUCUACCAGAGAGUUCCAGACUUGGUGAAGCAUGUGAGGGAACCCAGGGGGAUCAAGAUGCUGAGGGGACCGGCAGAUCCUGAACAAACUGUGUUGAUUGGCAAACAAUAUGGAAUAAAGGCUCUCUCUCCAGGGCUCAUGAGGUGGGGACACUUCGAGAUGAUCCGUCUCACCAUCAACCGGCGCAUGGACACAAAAACGAUGUGGGCAAAAUGGCGCAUCGAGGCGCCAUACAAACCCCUGACCAAAAAGGGACAAGGCCACCGCAUGGGCGGCGGGAAGGGCGCGAUCGAUCACUACGUUACGCCGAUCAAACAGGACCGCAUUAUUGUAGAAAUGGGUGGAAAGAUAGACUUUGAGGUGGUGCACCCCAUGUUGAGGGAGAUUGCACAAAAGUUACCCUUCCAGGCUAAGGUUGUGACUCAGGAAAUGUUGGAGGAGGAGGAGAGAGAAGAGGAAUGGAGGAGGGAGAACAACCAGAACGAGUUCACAUUUGAGGAUGUGGUAAAGAAGAACAUGAUGGGGUGUAGUCAACAUAUCAGCAAAUACGAUAGGGAGUGGUUUGGAAAAUACCAGUAGUCUUACCAAGCAGAUUUAAUCUUUAUAGAGACAGAGAUAAAGAUGAUGAUGAUAGUGAGGAAUAAUGUAUUAGUAUGUAUGGCUUUGUGUUGAAUUAAGUUACCAUUCUUGAAUGAUGAAAAUAAA